AUGAAAUUGAGGCAUGUUAUUCAAUCUAAAUAAACAGAGUUUAUUAAAAUAUAUCAAAACUAGAUAGGAAUGCAAAAGAGUGAAUUGUUGAAUUAGAGAAAUCAAAUAAUUAAAUUAGAACCCUCAUAAUAUAAUUUAUUUAAGAUCAAAGAGAAGAAAAAUAAUUAUUUAACAAUUUAUAAUAGGAAUUACAAUUAUGAAUAAUAAUAAAUAUAAUUAUAUAAUAAAAUGAAAUGCGAAGUGAAAACUGUUAAACUAAAAAUUCUAGGACUGACUGAUUUAAGUAAAAUUAUCAGAAAUUCUUCUUAUGAAAUAAAAGUAUAUUUUGGAGGUGCAAGAAAAGAAACUAAAAUAUUAAAUUACUAUGUUGGUAUAUAAUUAUAUAAUUAGAUUAGCAUCUGAAUAAAUUGAAAUAAAUUAGGAUUUAGAAUUGAGCAGUAUUCAUGGAAAACAAUUACAAUUUUGGUUAUUUGAUAAAUUGAAAAAUAAGUUUAUUGGAGCAGGAUCUUAUGAAUUGAGUGAAAACUAGGUUGAAGGAUUUCAAUUAUUAGAUUUAAAAAUUGAUUCAGUUAUAACAUCUGUUUUAAUGUUUGAAUUGGCUGUUGAAGUUAAGGAUAUUUAUUAGCCUGUAAUUUUAGAAGACGAUAAUGUGAUUUUGAAGAAAGAUGACUCAGAAGAAAAAAGAAAAGAAGAAGAAAGGAUGGAACAAGAAGAGAAACUUAGAAAAUAAUAAGAAGAGGAAAGGAGAUUAUUAUAAAAAUAAAAUAAAGUUUCGAUUGUUACAUUAACUAAUAGAUAUGUUGAAGAUUAAUCUUAUUAUUGA